UCUUCUCCUCUCACGCCCCUGUCUCUCUCUUCUUUCUCUCACUUUCACUCUCUCCUACUCUUUCCCUCUCUAUCGCACACACAUUCACCCUCCCUUGUCAAAUUACAAUAUUCAGCAGCAGCAAGACAUCAGCGUGUGUGUGCGCGCGUGUGUGUUUUCCACUCUCUUUCCACCGGCAAAAAACAAAAACAAAAACAAAAACCCAAAAAACAAAAAAGAGAAAGAGAGAGAGAGAGAAACAGAGAGGCUCAGUUCCAUCGCUUUUUGCACUGAGGGAAAAUGCAAUUAUUUAAAUGAAUCAUAAUAAAAUAAACCCUAAUGAUUUCUAACCAGGAGCCUCAGUGGGACUCAUCACUCUAGUCUUCCCAGUUCCUAAAGAGGUCCCGGGAUUCUUGAGCUGUGCCCAGCUGACGAGCUUUUGAAGAUGGCACAAUAACAGUCCAGUGAUGCCUGACCAUGACAGCACAGCCCUCUUAAGCAGGCAAACCAAGAGAAGAAGAGUUGACAUUGGAGUGAAAAGGACGGUAGGGACAGCAUCUGCAUUUUUUGCUAAGGCAAGAGCAACGUUUUUUAGUGCCAUGAAUCCCCAAGGUUCAGAGCAGGAUGUUGAGUAUUCAGUGGUGCAGCAUGCAGAUGGGGAAAAGUCAAAUGUACUCCGCAAGCUGCUGAAGAGGGCGAACUCGUAUGAAGAUGCCAUGAUGCCUUUUCCAGGAGCAACCAUAAUUUCCCAGCUGUUGAAAAAUAACAUGAACAAAAAUGGUGGCACAGAGCCCAGUUUCCAAGCCAGCGGUCUCUCUAGUACAGGCUCAGAAGUACAUCAGGAGGAUAUAUGCAGCAACUCUUCAAGAGACAGCCCCCCAGAGUGUCUUUCCCCUUUUGGCAGGCCUACUAUGAGCCAGUUUGAUAUGGAUCGGUUAUGUGAUGAGCACCUGAGAGCUAAGCGCGCCCGGGUUGAGAAUAUAAUUCGGGGUAUGAGCCAUUCCCCCAGUGUGGCGUUAAGGGGCAAUGAAAAUGAGAGAGAGAUGGCUCCGCAGUCUGUAAGUCCCCGAGAAAGUUACCGAGAAAACAAACGCAAGCAAAAGCUGCCUCAACAGCAGCAACAGAGUUUCCAGCAGCUGGUUUCAGCUCGAAAAGAACAGAAGCGAGAGGAGCGCCGACAGCUGAAACAGCAGCUGGAGGACAUGCAGAAACAGCUGCGCCAGCUGCAGGAAAAGUUCUACCAAAUCUAUGACAGCACUGAUUCUGAAAAUGAUGAAGAUGGUAACCUGUCUGAAGACAGCAUGCAUUCGGAAAUCCUGGAUGUGAGGGCCCAGGACUCAGUGGGAAGGUCAGAUAAUGAGAUGUGUGAGUUAGACCCAGGGCAGUUUAUUGACCGGGCCAGGGCCCUAAUUAGGGAGCAAGAAAUAGCUGAAAAUAAGCCGAAAAGGGAAGGUAAUAAAGAAAGAGACCAAGGGCCAAACUCUUUACAUUCAGAAGGCAAACAUUUGGCCGAGACCUUGAAACAGGAAUUGAAUACUGCCAUGUCACAAGUUGUGGACACUGUGGUGAAAGUCUUUUCAUCCAAACCCUCCCGCCAGCUUCCUCAGGUCUUCCCACCUCUUCAGAUCCCUCAGGCAAGAUUUGCAGUCAAUGGGGAAAACCAUAACUUCCACACCGCCAACCAGCGCCUACAGUGCUUUGGUGACGUCAUCAUUCCAAACCCCCUGGACACCUUUGGCACCAUGCAAAUGCCCAGCUCCACAGACCAAACAGAAGCACUGCCCCUAGUUGUUCGCAAAAACUCAUCUGACCAAUCUGCCUCUGGUCCACCAGCUGGUGGCCAUCAUCAGUCUUUGCACCAGUCUCCACUUUCCACCACCACAGGCUUCACCACAUCUUCUUUUCGCCACCCUUUCCCUCUCCCGCUGAUGGCCUACCCAUUUCAGAAUCCAUUAGGUGCUCCCUCUGCCUCUUUUCCUGGGAAAGAUAGAGCCUCCCCAGAAUCCUUAGACUUAACUAGGGAGACAGCAAGUCUGAGGACCAAGAUGUCAUCCCAUCAUAUGAACCACCACCCUUGUUCACCAGCACAUCCGCCCAGCACAGCUGAAGGCCUCUCCUUGUCUCUCAUAAAGUCUGAGUGUGGUGAUCUCCAAGAUAUGUCUGAUAUUUCACCUUUUUCCGGAAGUGCAAUGCAAGAAGGACUGUCACCUAAUCACUUGAAAAAAGCAAAGCUCAUGUUCUUUUAUACCCGUUAUCCCAGCUCCAACAUGCUGAAGACCUACUUCUCAGAUGUGAAGUUCAACAGAUGCAUUACCUCUCAGCUCAUCAAGUGGUUUAGCAAUUUCCGUGAGUUUUACUACAUUCAGAUGGAGAAGUAUGCACGUCAAGCCAUCAACGAUGGGGUCACAAGUACUGAAGAGCUGUCUAUAACCAGAGACUGUGAGCUAUAUCGUGCUCUGAACAUGCACUACAAUAAGGCAAAUGACUUUGAGCAGGUUCCAGAGAGAUUCCUGGAAGUCGCACAGAUCACAUUACGAGAGUUUUUCAAUGCCAUUAUCGCAGGCAAAGAUGUUGAUCCUUCCUGGAAGAAGGCCAUAUACAAGGUCAUCUGCAAGCUGGAUAGUGAAGUCCCUGAGAUUUUCAAAUCCCCGAACUGCCUACAAGAGCUUCUUCAUGAAUAGAGAUUUUCAACAACUCUUUCUGAAUGUAUGAAAAGUAGCAGUCCCCUUUGGAUGCCCAAGUUAUGUGUAUCUAAAUUUUGAUUUCAUAUACAUGUGUAUGAGAGACAUAGAUAUGUUUAUGAAAUCAGCUGGUAAUUCUGCCUCCUCUUCAUGAACUCUCUCUUUUUUUUUCUUUCGUGUUGUUCUGUUGCAAGGGGAUACUGAAUUGUCCUUCUGCCUUCAGUUUACUUUUUACCCAAGGCCCUUAACAUUUGGAGACUUAAAUGGGGUUCAUUUUCAGGGAGAAGAAUUUUGAAGUGGGUAAAGCCUGUCUUAGCAAGGUAGGGCAUCAUGUAUGUGAUGCCUCGGUCAGAUACUUGACUUACUGCUAAGUGGCAUUUUGGCCGAGGGAAACCAGCAUCACGGCACACUACUGUAGACAAUGAACUUUCCUCUUGUUUUUACUGCUGAAAAGGUCUGAAACUCUAUGGAAUCACUAUUUAAGCUUAGUUUUAUUUUAUUUAGCUAAUUAUGUUGCUUUUGCUUUCAUCUCUAAAAACAACUAAUGACAUUUUUAGCAGCUCAUUGCCUGAAGUGAUACCCCCAGAAGACUAGAUUCCAAACAAAACAAAACAACAAAAAGCUAUCGACCUUUUCCUAAUAGGAAUGAUGAGUACCCCCACUCCCAAAUUAGUGACUUAGCUGCCACUUUCUUAUUGAGGCAAACCAAUUUUGCACAAGAUUGACCCUUUCAGGUUGAGAUUGGCAACUCAUGCAUGAUGGUCUAGCCACUUCUCUCAUUUUACAGUAUGGUCCUCUUGUUAAAAAACAGAACAUAUUUCAUUCUCCACAAAGUAAAACCUAAAUCUUUUCUAUUUACUCUCAUCUUGCUUCAGAUACUAAAAGGCACACAAGUUUCAAACCUACUCUUUGCUCAACUUUGCUUAAAGUUGUAUUAAAAAAAAAACUCUAUUUGAUAUUUAAGUCCCCCCCAUAUAAUUUUCUGAAUUACCCUUAUACAGGAAGAGAAAAAUAAUCCCAUCCUGGACUUUCAAUUCCUGGUUAUCCUGUAAGCUUUUUUUUUUAAUAACAAUUAAGUUUGCUUGAACUUCACCUUGUCAGAGGAACACAUAUAAGAAUGACCCUUCCCCCACAAAAAAAGAUUGAUUUUUCAAAUUCACAAGCAUUUGUUAAGCACCUACAAUGUGACAAAAUAAGUCAUAGAAACAAUCCCCCACUGUAUUGAUGGAUAUGCAAAGUGAUGACAACCUAAUUGUUUUUUUCCUUGCGUUUCUGUGCAGCUUUUAAAAAUGAGUGAUGUGCUACCAGUCUCUUCUAACACAGAAGCUAGUGUUGACCAAAAUAUGAGUAGAGUGAGUGUACAGUAUAGUAAAGUUUGGGAUUAACCUAAGUGAUACUAUUUCAGCAUAAUAUAAGAAAGCUAGCUGCUAGUUCUUUGUGCUUUCUUCACUGGUUCUCCUUUUUUAUUAUUUUCUAAAUUUCAAGUGUAUACUGUCCAAUAUUUACUUUAAAAAACACAUCU